AUGGCGUCUAAUAUUCUUCAACUCCCGUUCCGGCGCUCCCAUUCUGUCUCGCUUUCCGAAGCAAUCACCCAGUACAUCUCUUCCAAAUAUGACCAGCGCCCGGAUAUGUUCGCUGAAGAUCUGAUGAUCAUUGAUCGUCUACGAUCUGAGGCUGUAAAUGUCCAGGAACCGCAUUUUAGUGGUGUCAGCCGCUUGGUCACGUAUGCGGCUCAGCUAAAAUGGCUGAGCGGAAAGUUCCCAAUUGAUGUCGGAGUGGAAUUUUCGUGGUAUCCGGCUUUUGGCUUUAAUGCUUCGCGGCCAGUCUCACAAAAUAACCUGCGCUUCGAACUAGCCAAUGUCUUAUUCAAUCUCGCGGCAUUAUACUCCCAGCUUGCUUAUGCCACCAACCGGACUACCGCAGAUGGACUCAAGCAGGCGUGUAACUACCUCUGCUCGGCUGCUGGAGUCUUGAGCCAUCUCCGCGCCGAUAUUAUCCCAGAACUUCGAACGUCGCCGCCCGAGGACAUGGACGAAAUGACACUGCAGAGUUUGGAACUUCUUUUGCUCGGACAGGGCCAGGAGUGCUUCUGGCAGAAAGCUGUCAAGGAUGGAUUGAAAGAUGUGUCUAUUGCUAAAUUGGCAGCAAAGGUGUCCGACUUCUACGGCGACGCAGGUGAAUUGGCUGUCAAGUCUAAUGCAAUCAGCACGGAUUGGAUCCACCACAUGACUGCAAAGAAUCACCACUUUGCAGCUGCAGCUCAGUUCCGACAGGCGCUUGACUGCCUGGAGAAACGCAAGUAUGGAGAAGAGGUUGCUCGGCUGCGCGAUUGCUUGGUCUGUGUUGAUGAAGGACUGAAAGAGCAGCGGUGGAUCAAUCGAACUGUACUGGGUGACUUAACUGGAUUGAAGAGCCGUGUCGCGGAAGACCUCAAGCGCGCCGAGAAGGAUAAUGAUAUCAUUUAUAUCAACCCUGUGCCACCCAAGUCUGAGCUCAAGUCUAUCGAGCGUGCCAGUAUGGUUCUUGCCAAGGCACCUUCGCAGGUUACGGACGCGAUUUCUAUGCUUGGUGAUAAUGGACCGCUGGGCCAGCCGCUUUUCUCGAAGUUGGUCCCAUAUGCAGUUCACAUUGCCGCCAGUAUUUACACCGAUCGUCGGGACCGACUGGUCAAUGAUACUCUCAUCGGAGAGCUGGAGUCCAUGACCGACAAGUUGCGAGAGUAUGUAUUCAAAGACAAUUCCAAAAUUCGCAAGGGAAAUCCUACUGACAUCAGGUUCAAGCUUGCUUUCUUCCCUCAAUUUACCAGGGUCAUUGCAAGCGCUCGAAAAACCAUUAGGUCUCCCCCAAUGCUUGUGUCACAUGCAGAGGAAAUACGCCAACAGGAUGGCCUGAAUCGCCUGCACCGGUCUAUCGAAGAUACCGCCAGAGUCAAAGGCAAUGAUCUGGGUGUGUAUAGCGAAGGCGUUGAGCUUCUCUCGGCUGAGAAGGCCGAGGACCUUGCAGCUCGCCAUAAAUACGGUACCGACCGCUGGACCCGCGGGACCUCAGAAUCCGCCGCGCCUAAGCUCUACAAGAGUUUGACCGAAAUCGAUGGCUAUUUCACCUCCGCCCAGGGCAGCGAUGACCUCGUCCAGCGCAAGCUGCGAGAUUCACGGUCUGUCUUCCUUGUUCUCACUGGCACAAAUCGGGACUUGGAAUCCUUUGUGCCUAGCAGCCGGAGGGUUGUGAUUCAACCAGAGGUUGAGCGCGAGGCCAACCGGUUGCGCGGUUGUUUGAGCGAGGUAACCCGAAUGGAGAAUCGGCGGAGGCGGCGAAUUCAAGCAUUGAAGGACAAAGCUCGUGCGGAUGAUAUUCACCCGGCACUUUUGACACAGACAGCUCGACUGGAGCGGGAAUUCCCCAUGCAGCCUAUCCAGGCAAGCCAGUUCGAGGAUUUGUUCGAAGACCAGCUGAAGCUAUAUGAUUCGGACCGCGAGAUGCUCGCCCAGGAACGGAGAGAGCAAGAUCAUCUUUCGGACCAGGUCCGAGAAGCUAACCGGGCAUUUACUGGUUCUCAUAAGGGCGACGCAUCGACAAAGGAACGAGAAGCGGCACUGCAGGACCUGGAAAAUGGAUACUUGAAGUAUAAGGAGAUCAUUUCCAACCUCGAUGUCGGGCGAAAGUUUUACAAUGAUCUUGCAAAAAUUGUAGCUCGAUUCCGCGACGACGCGAAGGCUUUUGUCCACCAGCGUCGGAUGGAAGCCAGCCAGCUGGAAGUAGAUAUCUCCAAUGCCACAGCGAUGGCCUCCCUGCACAUUUCUCAGCCACACCUGCGCCAACAACCCCAGGAAUCAGGUCGAAUCCACCACCCUCCCUCUGCCUACUCAGCUGCCCAGCCAGCCCAGGCGCCCUCACAGCCACCUCCACCCGUUCAUAACGUACGGCCAGCUGAGACAUCACCGCCUCUCACGGCACCCCAACCAGUGCGCGCACCCGUAGCCCCGCCCCCAGUUUCUACGCCGAGCAUGCCAGGGGGUAUGCCGGGUAUGUGGGCCCCCGAAAUGGGAAUUCGAUUCGGAUCCGCUGCUGCCCCUCCGAAUGGUCCUCCCAGCACAGGGGCUGGACCAGCCCCGAGUCAGCCCACUCGGGCUCCUCAGUCGGGAACCUGGGAUCCCAGCAAAGGAUUGCGCUUUUCUUGA